ACUGAGGGACAAUAGUAUGGAAGGUCUACAACUGAAUGGAAUUUCUGUUCUUGACGACCAUCGUGAUGAAUUUGGAGAUGUAGAUAAUUCUGCAUCGCAACUGAACAUGCGUGGUGUAUUUCUCCAUGUGUUGGGAGAUGCCCUGGGCUCUGUUAUUGUGGUGGUAAAUGCUCUGAUAUUUUACUUUGUUUGGAACCCAUGUCCCGAAAAUGGUCCAUGCAUUAAUAUGUGUCUACAUGAUCAUUGUGUUGAUCGAGAACAUCUAAAUGACACACAGUCAAACAUAUCUGAAAAUAGUAAAAAUAUUCCAGAAGCUGGACCCUGUUGGGUACUGUUCUUGGAUCCCACUUUAUGCUGUAUUAUGGUAUGUAUUUUGCUCUACACCACAUAUCCUCUUCUGAAGGAAUCUGCUCUUAUUCUGUUACAAACAGUCCCUAAACAAAUAGAUAUGGAAUUAAUAAAUGAGAAGCUGCGCAACUUGGAAGGUGUACUUGCUGUACAUGAGCUUCAUGUCUGGCAGUUAGCUGGUAGUAGAAUUAUUGCAACAGCCCAUAUUAAAUGCCGUGAUCCAACUGCUUAUAUGGAUGUAGCAAAACGCAUUAAAGACUUCUUCCAUGAUGAAGGAAUCCAUGCCACAACCAUCCAACCAGAAUUUGCUUCAGUAAACUCUGAAUCACGUAUUUCCCUUUGUGAACUGCCAUGCAAGACUCAGUGUGCCUUAAAGCAGUGUUGUGGUAAUGGCGAGAAGUCCUCCAGUGAUUUAAAGUUGGAAACUCCAUCCACUCAUUCUCUUGAGGUCAUCCGGGAAUCUCCUGAACAUCCCAAUAUGAGGACUCAAAGAAAUGAGACUUGCAGCAAUCCAGUGAAAAACAAAGACACACAAUAUGAAUCAGCUGUGUAAAUUUAGCCAGUCUAAUUUUAAGUGAUGUGGUACUUUAUUGACAUUUAAAAUAUUGGGGUUGUCAACUGGAAUUGAUUGACACGGAGCUAAAAUAACCAUGGUGGGUAACAAAUGUUGUUGAACUUGUUCCACUGCUCCUUGAUUUAUAUGGCACAUUCCAAAGCAAACUCAUGGACAGCUGAUCAGAAUCUACUCGAAUCUGUUAUCACAGCUUUGGAACAAGCAAUGUGGAUAGUGCAUCACUGACUGUGUCAGCAGAAAAAUGUAUUUAAUUAUUAUUAAAGGCUAUAACAUUUUGGAAAAUUUUAGGUUUUUCUAUAAACACUUUUAUAUAGAUUGAUGUAACAGUUUUACAUCAACAUGCAAAACUCCUUGUCUCCACCAAUUUGAGUUGCUGCUAUAUAAAACUAGGGGAGGUGAUGGAGGGUUGUGGUGUGAAAAGCAGUCCAUUAAAUCCAGAAUGUUAAAACCUAAUAAUUGGUAUUACGUGUGGGUAAUUUGCUUUGUGGUUAAAAUGUGACCUUUUUAUCCUCUCUAGCUUAAAUUGCGUUUAUUGCAUUGCUCUAAAUUAUUAGAUAGCAGAAAUGUAUUUGAUACAGAGCGAUCUGCAUUAACUCUUGCAUCAAUCCAGUUAAUUAUAAUUGGUAUUCAUAAGAAAUGCUUUAACACUGUCUUGCAUUUGUACCCCAGCCAAUAACUAGUUUCUGUCUAUUUAAGGAAUAAUAUCCUUCUGGACCAAUGAUUUGUUUUUUUAAAAAAAAUAUACAUUGAAAUCGGAGAGUGUUGUGGGAUUUUUUUUUUGGGGUGGUGGGAAGGGAGGAGUGGGGGAACUGAUGGGCAAAUCAAUAGGAUGCAGAUUUCCAAACUGUUACUUUGAAGGUUGUGUGUACUAAAAGUGAAGGACUGUAAUAGUGAACUGUACUGCUUAGUUAAUGUUUUUUUAAUUCCUUCGUUUUUGAAGUUGUUGGCAAACUCUUGAGCAACACUUCACAAGAUCCAUUGCUUUGUUCCGAGCACAAGGUGUUUGUCUGCAUAUACCGAUUUGAGCAGACAUGUAUGCUUCAGUUAUUGGGUAGAUUUUUCUAAUCUUUUUAUUUCCAAUACUACCAAUAGAAGAUACAAGAUCUGGAUGGAUUUUUGUGUUUUCCACUUACAAGUAUUUUAUAAAUAAGAUAUUUGGUACAAAACUGGCACUACUUGUGCAGUGAUGACACAAGACACCUGUCAGAAUUUGGAGGAAAGUCUUGCUGUAAUGUUUUGUGUAACAUCCACUACUAUUUUCAUAAUACUUUUUUUUUUUGAAAUUUUUAAGCCUGUAGUUUUGUAGGCAAACAAACCCAUGCAAGUCUGAGAUUACCCUAAAUAGAGGUAUCAGGCAGCUGCCAAAAGUAUAAUUUGAAUAACUUUUAAACACGCAAUUCUUUUGGAUGGAUUCUCUCAAAUUUGAGGAAACUGAUGACACACUGCUAACACUUUUUCAUAUGAUGCAUUUUAUAAAUCUCAAAGCCAUCUCCGUCAAAAUUUUGAUAGAAAUGUGCAAUUAAUUUAUUGGACCAGGUUCCAAUGUCUGUAUUUGUGAUCUUAAGUCCUAACUUUUUCUGCUCCAUUUUGAGGAAGUAUGUGCAAAUUUUAAUGUAGCACCAUGUAAGUAAUUGUUUACAUUUGAGAAGCUUGUGAAUUAUUGGCUACCUUAAAUAUUCAUUAAAUUUACAGUCAAAGAUCCUGCAGACUAAACUUGAAGCAUAAUACCAUCUUCUUGUCAAAAUAAUUAAAAGUUUAAACAAUAAACCAUGCUUGAUGCUUAGGUUUACACUAUGAUUUCAGUAAAAUCUAAUGGGUAUUUGCAAGUUUUUCUGUACUAAUUCUAUUAAAAUUAUGAAAAAUAUCCUUUUUAGAUUGUUAUUACAAAUGUGUUCCACGUGGAAACACUACUUUUUUUUUCUUAAGCUAGUAUUGGUGUAGUACAAUUGGUUACAAAACCUUUUUUAUUGAUUCUAAUCGUUGUGAGUGAUUUUUUUGUUUUUUUUUUGUUGAAUGAAGUGUAUUGACACAUAUAUUGGCUUACAAAUAUUGCCUCUUCCCCCCCCCCCCCCCAAUUCUAUAGCAGUCCAAUAGUAACUUUAUUCAGUUUUUGGUUUAGAAUUGUAGGGUGGGGAGAAAGUCCGAUCAGGCUUGUGUUUGAGUUUCAAAUAGAUCAAUUGCAAACUGUCUUUUCAGGUCCCGAUAUCCCCAUUUCUAGGUUGUAGCUCGUGUUAUUACUGAAAACAGUGGGCAAUGUUUUGUGGGGGAAAAUAACAAACACUUAGAUUACUUUAAGGUCUAAAUUUACUGGCUGGGGGGUGGAGGGGGGAUCCAAUUUUCACCAAGGGUCUGGCAUGUACCUUUUUUUUUCCUUCAAAAAAAUGUAUACUGUCAGAGCAAGUUGUAUUUGACUAACAAAAACUGAGUGAUUUUUGCUCAAUGGUUUAUAAGUGCUGAAAGAAAUCUUUAUUUUUUGGGAUUCAUUAAAUGAAUUAAAUACUACUUGUCCCUCCAA